CCAUGGUUCAUAAUUGAAUUUAUGUGUGCAAUUAAUAUUCAAGUUGAUCUAAUUCAUGUGUUCAAACUUGAAGAGAAAGAGAGAAUUGAGAUAAGACCAGUCAAAUGGAUUGAUACUCUGCAUGGAAAUGAGCUUACAUUUUUUAAAGAGGCUAGUUUGCUUGUUGUUCUCUCUCCUCCUGGUCUUUAUAUAAACCAUAGUUUUGUUGCAGACCCAUUAACUUUUCUUGACUGCCACCAAACUGCUUCUCAAGAAUCACAAUUUCAGCCUUCUCUUCAUCACUUCCUUGAAAACUAGCAUUUUUUAAACUUCGAAGCUCUUAAAAAUGUCAGCUUUUUCAUACCAACAACACCACCAUCCUUUUCUUCUUGACUCCGUUUUCUUGCCCAAUACUAAUCCCAUUAAGGUGUCUGGCUUUAUGGAGGAGGAAAAUAUUAAUAUCCUUAACUCCAACUUAUUGUCUCCAUUUAACCCACCCAAACCUCUUGAGGAGAUUCCUCUUGAUGCUAGAGUUCAUGAAACUAGCUGUGUUGAUUGCAGUUCAAAGGUUGUUCUUAGUGAUAAUGAGCCUUCUGUGACCAAAAAACAAAGCACAGACUCCUCCACUGUGGUGGAUAAGCUUGAAAGUGGUGAGCAGGUUACUCAGACUCUGCCUCACAUGAACAUGAAGAGGAAGAACAGAUAUGGUUCUUCUCCAAAUUCUUCUCAAUCUAAGGAUGCGAGCGAAGUGAAAAGCAAGAAGCAAAAGAAGUGCAAAGAUACCCAGAAAGAUGAAGAAGAUAAGAAACCUAAAGCUGAAAAGAGAGAAAAAAAGAAAAUUUCCGAUGAACAACCACCUACUGGUUAUAUUCAUGUUAGAGCCAGGAGGGGUCAAGCCACAGACAGCCACAGCUUAGCUGAAAGGGUCAGAAGAGAGAAAAUUAGUGAGAGGAUGAAAAUAUUGCAAAAACUUGUUCCUGGCUGUGACAAAGUAACUGGAAAGGCCCUCAUGUUGGAUGAAAUAAUCAAUUAUGUGCAGUCCCUGCAGAAUCAAGUGGAGUUUCUGUCAAUGAAACUAGCUUCUGUGAACCCCAUGUUGUAUGAUUUUGGAAUGGACCUAGAUGCAUCCAUGGGCAGACCAGAGAGAUUGAAUGCCAUUUCUUCACCAAUGUCAUCUCUGCCACAAUGCAGCCCUUGCCCUACCCAGCUCACAACUUUUGCUGAUACCACUACCAUCACCACCUACAACACAUCUGAUAACUAUCCUGUUCUUGAUACUGCAGCAGCUUCACUGUUGCUUCAACAAGGGCAGAGGCCAAAUGCCUUCUCUCAGGAUAAUGGAAGUCUGUUUUGGGAUGUGGAGGACCAAAAACAAAGUUUUGUCAAUUCAUAUGGGUUCACCAACAACUUGUACUCUUUCCAUUAAUUUUUCACAUAAAGCUGCCCCUACAGGCAUCUUGCCUGCCUGGAGAUUUGAAAGCCCAACCGAAACCAGAAAAAAGGAAAAAAAAUGAAGUAGCAGUGAGGCAUGAAAAACAAUAGACAGAAAGCUUAUUUUUCAAGCGGAGUUUGAUGAAGGGAGGUUGUUGUUCACCAGGAAAAUUAAAGCUCAGGUUCCAGUAGAGUAAAGGGGCAUCUGAAGAUGAAUAAUGAAAAUAAAAAGGGCAGCAAAACCAAUGGAUGAUAAAGAAAGAACACCAAGCCAAGGACACAUAAAACCGACCAAAUAAGACCAGAUCCUUUAGCAGAUCCAUUUCGACUCCAUAAAGUUGCUCAUGCACAAAUUCCAAGAACCUUUGGUUGUUAAAUCCAGACACUUAAUUAUUUCCUGUAAAAUAUAAUAUUAUAUAAAACAUUUGUCUCUUAUUCUUGCAGUUAUUACAGUUAUUUUUGCCGUUA